UUAGCUAAUUUAGUCUUUUGUUUACGUCAAUAAUAAAUUAUAUAAUAACCUUAUUGAUUCGCAUACCAAAUGAGACUCUCUCGGCCUUUAUAUACAAAAACCUUUUUACAGUUUCGUACUCAUUGGAAAGUCUAAGAAAUAAGAUAGAAGAAAGAAAAAUCAAUGGAGAAUCUAUUGGGUCUUCUCAGAAUUCAUGUGAAGAGAGGUGUGGAUCUUGCCAUUAGAGAUAUCUCAAGCAGCGAUCCUUACAUUGUCUUUCACUUCGGAAACAAGAAGCUGAAAACUCAUGUAGUCAAACAAAGUUUAAAUCCAGAGUGGAACGAUGAUUUGACUCUUUCUGUGACUGAUCCAAAUCUCCCUGUUAAACUUACUGUUUACGACAAGGACAUACUCUCUGCGGAUGAUAAGAUGGGAGAAGCAGAGUUUAGCAUUGCUCCAUAUCUUGAAGCCAUUAAGUUUCGCCAAAAGAUCCAAGGAGGGCUUCCCAAUGGAACCAUAAUAAUGAAGAUACAGCCGAACAGACAAAACUGUCUGUCUGAAGAGAGCCACAUUGUGUGGAACCAGGGCAAGCUUGUUCAGAAUAUGUUCAUUAGGCUCCGUAACGUAGAGUCCGGAGAGGUUGAGCUACAGCUCGAGUGGAUUGAUGUCCCCGGUUCAAAGGGUAUUUAAGUCACUUCAUGUCAUUCCGAUUCCGAUCCUUAUCCCUUGUGCAUAUAUGGUUUAACUGGCCAUUGAAAUAAUCUCAAAACUUGUUAUGUAAUCUCCUUUCUUUUGUGCUUUUCGAGUCCAAAAAGUGUGGAAGUCCAUGAGGACUGACUUAGUAAGUGUAACAUUUGGAUACUCAAAUCAUAAUCAUCUCUCGUUAGCUUGAAUUCAACUAACCAAACCUCUGCGAGAUACUAAAUUUAUCAAUGAAACUUAGAUGGGGAAAAG